AUGUCACCUCGCAGCGGCAACGCGUGGGCUAUCAUGAAGGCUCGCGAGAAGAAAAAACAACAGCAAGAACGACUGCAGCAGCCGAAGUCAACGGAUUUUGAGAAGGUGUCCACCCACAGACCCCCCAUCCUAGACUACCCUAGUUCCAUCACUUCACGCGAAUCAUCCUUCAGUUCCUCCCACGACGCAAAACUAGACCAGAUCCAGGCCAGUCACCAAGCUCAAACCCAAGACCAGGUCUAUUCCUCAUCAUUCGCCAGUACAACCACGGAGGCAGACAGUCCCAGAGAGAAAGAUAAACGCGUCGAGAACGAAGUGAAACAGUCUCGUGUUGCAACUUUACGCACAAAAUUUAGUCUUAGGGAUAUUGGGGAGAUGAAAAAGGAGCAGGAGGGUGCUGGGUUGUCUGGAGACGAUGGGCUCUAUAGUGGCACCACGACGCUGCAGAAUAGCUUUGGGGAUGGGGAGGAUUUAGGUGUUUCCCCACAGUCUGUGCCAGCUUCUCAGAUACUGUCUGGUGACGCUCUUGAUUUAGCUGCACAUCUAUCGAUGCCAGAUGGCGAAAGUCUCGAGAAUAACCGAAACGCUAUAAACGCGAAAAAGAGGACAAAACUGGGCAACGCUAUGGAGGAUGACGCCAACGAGCAAAUCGAUGCUAUGAUAAUUAAGGCAUCUCAAGCGCCUACUGCUCGUAAGGGACAGUAUCUGAAUAGCGGACAGGCUGAGGUUGUCAAGACUCAGGCUAGUGCUCAAAGCUUGAGGGCCGAAAGGGCUGAAUCCACGCACGAGCCGUUUCCGAGGGUCCAAGACAAUGCGUCUCAAGUCGAAAUGUCGAGCCCUAUUUCAUCGCCAUUUGUCUACCAACCUAUCUCCGAAGCUCAAGACACCCGAAAGACCAUCUCAAACACAACAACCCACGGCGGCCCCGCCCCCUCGCCACCAGACCCAACCUACAACAACACCAUAACCCUCGACCAACAACUCCACUCCCACGUCCAAGCCCUCCAUCACCACCUCAACAGCGUGGUAGGUCGACUGACCAAAACCUUCGAGUCUUCGAAUAACUGGACGAUGGACCAGAUUUUGCGGAAUGUCGAGGUUCUAUCUGAUACAGCUAGACUUAUGAAUGCGAGGUCUGUGGGGUUAGGGGAGAGAGUUCUGGGGGUACAGAGAGAGGUAACUGAGCUUGGUGAAAGGGUUGACGUGUUGAGAGGGGAGGUUAAGGGGGUUGAGAAGAGGUUGAUUGGUGUUUUGAGAGAGGAGGUGGGAAGGUUGAGGGGGGAGAUGGGGCUCGGUGCUCUACCCGAUUCCUCGAGGGUGAUGGGUAUACCAGUAAUGACAGGAGCGAGGCAACUGCGUCCGAAGGAGCAAGAUGUGUCUGGAGGAGAGCAUGGGAAUGAAACCAACAGUCUAACUGAAAAGGAUGGAAUGGUGCAAGUGAUACCGGGCACACCUUUGCCCACUACGCCCGUUCAGAAGAACGAAACUGCCAAUCCACAACGCAGUGGCUCAUCAGGUCGCAAAAAUCCAGCUCGAGAAUCCUCCGGUAGCCCCGAGCCCAGACCUACCCUAGAUCGCUCGCUCUCUCUCGACGCCGUCUCUGAAAACAGCCAGUCAACCUUACAACCAUUACAGAAACAGAAGACAAACAGCACCGCUCCAAGUGAAGAGGGAACGAAAACUCCUCAUAAAAAGAGCAUGUUUGGUUUUCGCAGACGGCGCGAUACAGGUGAUAACCAGUCCUUGUCGUCAUUUUCGUCCAGCAGAUUCCUGCGUACGCCACGUCGAAACAAGGACAAAAACAAUGACAAAAACAAUGACAAGGACAAGGACAAGGAUAAGGACAAGGGCAAGGACAAAGACAAGCCCAGCAAGAAAGCUUCAUCCGAAAAUCUCAAGAAAACUGUUUCUACUUCUGAUUCCACCAUCGCACAACCCUUAACACCACCAGUCCCCAAAGUCCCAGCAAACCUAGCCCAACCCCAACCCCAACCUCAGCCCCAACCUCAGCCCCAACACCAACGUGCAUCACACCUACAACCACCGACCAACGACCAAAAUAUGAGCCCCAGCGCCAUCCACCCAGCCCUCCGCAACCCGCGCCAACAACAAAUCAUGCGCGAACGGGAACAACGUCUCCACCAUCAACAGGCCAGACUCCAACAACUCAAUCAGAACUACCGCGCGAACCAGCUUCCGUCCUCGACAUCGACGGCCAUAAUUCCGCAGCGCAGCUUGCGAGGCUCACGAUCUCACCAGGGCUUCAGAUCAAAGGUAUCCGCGGCGCCGUCGGCUUCGUUGUUUAGUCCAGGCGGCUUGGUUACGCGUAGGUCGCCGUCUGCACUGUCUGUGAGGAUGGAUUCGGAUAUGGGGUAUCAGGGAUUACCACACUAUCAGCCUAUUGCGAGGUAUAUUUCAGCUUCGGGGAGUUAUUUGCCUGAGCCGCCGCGGUUUGGUGGGAGUGGUCGAGGCCGUUUUCACGGCAAUGAUCAUGGCCAUGGUCAAGGCCGUGGGCAUGGACACGGUAGGCCUUUAGGAUCUCAGAGAGUUAGUUCGUCUUCAGUUGUAUCACGGACGGGGAGGGGAACUGGUCCGAUUGGUUCUAGGCAUGGUUCUGCCGAGGGUUAG